UUUCCGGGCUUAGUUUGAGCGUGUGAUUGGCCCACGCAGAGCUUACCUACAUGCAAAUGAGGCAACGCCACAAUACUGUCUUUAGUCCAGAGCGCGUGGAUGUAGACCAGGAAUACAUUCAUGUUCCCUGAGCUCCAGGAAAAAACAACCCAAGCCCCUCAACUUCUAAAAACGGUUAUCUAAAAAAUACUAUUUCCAAACUAUUUUACGCAAGAGUUGUGAGUAUUCACAGACCAACAAUACGAGAAAAAUAACACAAAAACUAAGAUAUAGCCUAAUCUUACUGUUAUGAAUCGAGAAUGAGUACCACAGAAGACAGCGGAAGCAAGUGCUCGUCGGCCCCAAUUUCCAGUUUCACUAUUCAGUCGAUAUUGGGCACGUCGUCGGAGAAGACACGGUCGGGGGCGAAGGAGAGUUCCAAGGGACUGCAGCUGGCGAGGAAGCGCUCGCUGUCGGUGUCUUCAGAAGAGGAGUGCAGCGGUGGGGAGGACUCUGCAGACUGUUUCUGUUCGGAUCGUGGUCACAGCGAGCCAUGCAACCGACAUCAACCACUCAAUUUUUCAUGUUUAGGUUCAACAACGGGACUUAUUUCAGUCCGUGACGGGAUUGCACGGCGACCGCACCUGACACAGCCUCUGCUGCAGGAUUACAAAGAGGAACAAGAGAGACCAUGCAAUCCAAUGUCACCUAUUUCCGAGGAGAGACAGACAGACGGUGCGGACAAGCAGAGCAACUCGUCCAAGAAGAAGACCCGUACUGUCUUCUCGCGGAGUCAGGUGUACCAGCUCGAAUCCACGUUUGAUAUGAAGAGGUAUUUGAGCAGCUCCGAGCGAGCCUGUUUAGCAUCUAGUCUACAGCUAACAGAAACUCAGGUGAAGACGUGGUUUCAGAACCGCAGGAACAAAUGGAAGCGACAACUGUCGGCGGAACUGGAGGCCGCGAACAUGGCACACGCCUCCGCACAGACACUGGUCGGAAUGCCGCUUGUUUUUAGAGAUAGCUCCCUGCUCCGGGUACCAGUUCCAAGAUCUAUCGCUUUUCCAACGCCACUAUACUAUCCUGGCAGCAGCCUACCAGGGUUACCAUUGUACAAUCUGUAUAACAAGAUUGAAUAUUGACUUAAUGCCUGUGAUGAGAGUCCACAAAAAUAACACGUUAACACACUACAGUAGCCUACAUUCGUAUAAAUGUCUGGCAUAACUCAUGUCUAUUAUAUCACUUUAUUUGUUGAAAAUAUAUAUUUCUUAUUAUGCAGCAACUGUAUGUUUAACAGGAAGCAACAAACGUAUCUAAAUGUAUAAAAUACACCAUGUGUAUAAUCAUUAUUUUGUACCUUGAUUUUGCGUUCUCCCUCGUUUAACACGUUAAAUUGGUGAAUUUCGCCACUGCAAUACAGAUGUAAUCAAGUGGACUAUGUUUCCCAAACGAAUUCUGGAUGCAUAAAAAAAAACGUUUUCAAUUGAAUGUGAAUGUGAAUAUGAAAUAUUGAGGUCCAAGACGUCCAACUACCUUCAUCUGUUAAGCUACUAGAAUAAAUUGGGUUUAUACAUUUGGGGAUAGGGAAGUGCAAACUCGUUGCUUACAUUUGGGGAUAAUGUCAUUGUUUUAUUGUAAUCAUAGGCCUACCAAGUAAACCACUCAUUCAAUAAAUUUUCUAUAUCAAUGAAA